AUGAUUGCAGGACCAAUCACUGAUGCUCAGAUUUUGUAUAAACCAUCAAAAGACCUGUUGAAAUUUAUAAGAACACUAAAAGUUGAUGAUGAUAGUAUCCCAAAUGGUGUAAGUAAUAUUGUCACAACAAAAAGUAAAAAGAAAAGUGAUGUAGAAGAUAUUAAAGUAAGAAAAGGGUAUUCAGAUUACCCUUCUGUACUUACAUCUAGUGACUUAGAUUACUUGAAUAGUUUACAAGCAAAUCUAGAUGAUGAUGUGGACUUUGAAAAAGAGCCUGCUGAAUGUACAGAGAGAAAACCAGGUGAUAAGUUACUUAAUUUUGAAGAUCUUACCUGGUUACAUAAAUAUAUAGAAGAACAAAAUAAAGAGCGUGACGAAAAGGACCGCGUGUAUUUUCACAAGCUGUUCCAAGGUACUGAGAUAAUUCUACCAAAAAAUGAAGAGAUAGAGAGGAGCGAAGAACUGGAGGCACGAUGUGUGAAAUUAAGGAAUCAACAAAGUAACAGAGAGUAUAAAAUGAUGACUAAAAACGUUGAUAACACGCGGAAACAUUUACCUGAAGAUACCAUUUCAUAUCAAAUGAAAGAAAUCAACGCUCAACUGAUAGCGGUAUUUCAGUUUGUGGUUUCUGUGCUGACUGGUUUCUUGUUUGGUUUCCUGGGGAUCGAACUCAUGAUCGGAUCUCAGGACUUUGGAUUUCGACUAUUGCUAGGAAUAAUCGGCGGGUUGAUUGUUGCGCUUGCUGAGUUGUAUUUUCUUGCAAAGAAGCUUAACGAAAACGUGGACGAGUUGUAUAGUUCCACGGCUAUAACCAGCAAUCAUAACAAUUCAAAAUUCAAGCGUGAAUGAAAACAAUUGCUAUUUUUGUUUAUUUUAGUAGUGUAGCAACAUUUGCAACUAUCAACAAUGUUAUUGCAUAGUUUAUUUGAGAGAUAGGGGUUAAGGUGCCUAUAUUUUAUGUAUGUUUCACUACACAAAUUAUCUUACAAGUAGGCGCCAUUAAAGAGAUUGUGCAAUUUUCCAGUGUAUUUGUAUUCUUGAAUUAAAAUAAUCGAUCUUUGAUUAAGUA